AACCGCGGUUUUUUGAGAAAUCUGUUCUAAUUGAAAUCAGGGUGUAUAUAUACUGCAGGUACCCAGCGCACGGCAUUCCCGGUCGAGCACCAAGGAAGAAACUUUUUUCUCUCAUUCAACCUUCUGUCUACUAGCCAGCCUCUUUACCUUCAAACCAACCAGUUCAACUGAUCAGUCAACUUGUUCAACCUACCAACCAAUCAACCCAAUCGGUCUCUGCUGGUGAGGAGAGUCGAUUGUCGAUGUUUUCUGCUGAGUCCCGCAUCUCGAUGACAAUGUUGACAGCUAUCGCGGUCUUCACCUGCACCUGGCUGUUUGCAAAUGCAAGCAUCACUCCGUGUCCUCAGGCACUUGACUGUAUGAUGACAAUCUCACAAAGUUCUUCGUGCAGAGACACCGAGACUGUCUUCGCGUGUCUGAGCAGCUUGCGUGGGACUUGUAGUGUGAACGAGAGCAAGGUGGCCUUUAAGGACGUGGUCCAACCUACAAAGGACAUGUGUAACGCAAUCGCUAAUCAUCCUUCUGAUGUCGGGUCAUGCUCGACCUUCUGGCCAUGCCGUGAGAAAACUACAUUCGCUCAGGUUAUGGAAGCUUCUCCAUGGCAACAGAGAGAGAUGUCCGGUCACUUGGUAUCAUCUUACACCUUUUGUCGGUAUGCAGAAGACAUGGCCGCCUGUUUUGUCAGCGAGAACGAGGCUGGACGAUGCACAUUUUCCACAGCGUUUUUGAACUACAUGAUGAAUACUAAACACAGACUGUCCAAACUGUGUGAAGGGAAUUGAAAUGUAACAGACUACAUUCACUUCUUCUGAUUGAUUCUGCCAUCCCAAGCUAUGGAAAAUAAAGCAACGAUAAAGUAGUCUGAUCUUUGGUAUUUAAAUUGAGUACAGCAAUUUAUAGGAAUUUUUUUAAUCUUUUAUCAUUAAUCUUCGUACGACUCGGAUUUUAAAAAAAUCAUUUAAUACAAUCAAAUUUUCUUCUAAGCCUUCGUUUGGAAUAGACUUUAGGGUGAUGUAUUGUUGGCUAUCAGCCCCCAUCCUACAUCAAACUAUGCACAACUGCUACAGCAGGCUGUGUAACCUCUCUACCGCCAGCUGUGACAAAGGAUGAGCUGCAGGUACAAGCUACCCCAGUGAACAGCUGUUUGCAACAUUUUCUUCUUGUCCCAACUGUAGCAGCACGUGCGGCAGCUGCUGUGACAACCUGCAUCGUCACUGGAUAAUGUCCAGUGGACUAUAUGCCUGGAUACGAGGGAAGCUACUGUAAUGACUCCUACAGAGCUGGUACAUGUGGCAUGAGUUACAGUGACACACGCAGCACCUGUACACAACAUUGUGUAACACCUAUAAAGACAGGUGUAGGAUAAGGUGUGUUGCAGGAUAGCUGUUACUGUUCUGUAAAGAAGCUUGCUAUAGGGGUUGGUUUGGCUUUGACUAAAACAAGACAUGUGGCAACUGCUCUGAGAAAACCAUGUGCAAGAGACUGUCCAUAGGGCUGAAUAUCUCAAUAUCAAGGAGUUUUCUGUAGGCUGCACUGUAAACAUUUAUUUAUUUAUUUUUAUUAAGCGCCUUGGGCUUGCCAUUAGGGUAGGGGUAAGGUGCUGUAAAGACACAUCAUCCAUCAUCAUCAUCCAUCAUCAAUCAUCAUCAUUAUCAUUUUUUUUAUUAUUAUUACUAUUAUUAUUAUUAUUAUUAAAAACAUAAAGGAUGUGUGCAGAAAGGAAUAAUGGCUUGACAUAUGUCAUUAUAGAUAUUUUUGAAUUGUUAAUUGUUUCAUAUAACUAAUGUUUUAGUGUUGUUGUUUAUAGAUGAUGAGUGGCAUAUUAUUAUUGUGAGUGUACCACUCUAGUUGUUCACUGCUGCUGUGUAGACAGGCAGGGAGCUAACUGUGGUGUGGACUUUCCAUGUCGGCGGUUUCGGUCAAAGGUCAGUCCUAGGAAGAAGAUUAGUAGACAGUGUUCUGUAUCCCCAGGAACUUGUGGAUUUUCAGAUCAUGUCUUGUGUGCUUUAGAAGAACAGGCUAGGUUUACAGCUAUUGUUAGAGAAGGCACUUUGUCAAACAUACCAAACUUUGUAUAAUUUACUCAUGUAAAUAACAAAAAAUAGGAAUCACAAAACACUUCUUGUGAAUCGAAUGUCAGCUGAUAUUUGAUUGUCGCUUUCCUUAUCUGGAGACAUAUUGAUGAAACAUGAUGUUCAGUUACCUCCGCCUGCAAGACCACUGCCUCUAAAAAUAACAGUUGAUGGCGGCUCGUUUUUCUCCUUUAUUCUGUGUGAACUAUCUGGUUGCCGAGAUCAGUUCUUAACCUAUCGCCAAGUUGAAUAAUGUAAGGUCUCGACAAAUCUGUCAAGUGAUUUCGAAAACAUUUCCCAGGAAAUGAGAUUAUUUGGCGACACUUAGGGUCAGCCGCAAAUUGCAAAGUGACGAUGUAAGGAUGGUUUGGCUGCCGGCUUCUCCCAGAAUGAUUUCACACGUCUACCCGGGAAUUGCUGAUACACUAAAGUCACUGUUUUUUUGUUGUUGUUGUUUUUUUGUUUUAUAUAUAUAUAUAGCACGCACACAAUCUCGUUUCCUAUUCGGCUGUGGUGGAUGAUAAAGGGACUUUACUUUCAUAUUGUUGUUGACGCCGAUGCGAACAACCUAUCGUAUAAGAGUUUUUAUCAUUCUGUUUAAGAAUUAAUAAUGGUAACUAAAGAAAUAAAAGUAUUUUAAGCUCA